UGGAGAGAACCAUGUCUGUCUGAGACUGAGACGUUUCUGUGAAGUCAUGUGACCUCUGAUCGCCCGCCCUCUGCUCAUAUAAACCCUGCUCUCUCUCCAGCAUCAGAGAUCUUCAGAGACUGAGAGCUGAACAUCAGAGAGCCCACACGCUGACCAAUCCCUGAGCUCCAGUCAAGACGUAACCAUGGCAACAAACUCUUCAGCUAAGUUUGACUUCAUCACCUCCAAAAGUCUGGUCCGUUCAGGAUCUCCAACGGUCUACCAGCUGAAUCCAGAGAAGAAGGAAACUGGAUCUUUAACCAGACUGACUCUUGGUGAACCAGAUCUAAACCAGAUAAACAAAACCAUCUUGCUUGUUGGUGAAACAGGAGUGGGUAAAUCCACUCUGGUGAACGCUCUGGUCAACUACAUCCUGGGAGUGAGCUGGGAGGACGAGGUCUGGUUUGAUAUUGUGGGACAUGACUGUGAUGGAUCACUGGUUCAGACCUCAGACCUGGUCCUGUACCAGAUCUUUGGGUUUGAAGAGAAACCUCUGCCCUACUCUCUGACCAUCAUCGAUACUCCAGGAUACGGAAACACCAGCGGGACUGAAGAAGACGACGUGAACAGUCAAAGAUUAUUGGACCUGUUCCGCUCAGAGGGCGGAGUCUCUGAGAUUAACGUGGUGGGUCUGGUGCUGAAGGCAACAGCGAACCGUGUGAGCGACCGUAUGAGGUACAUCUUUGAUGCGGUGGUGUCUCUGUUUGGUAAAGACAUGGAGAACAGCAUCGUCCCCCUCAUCACACACUCAGACGGAAGAACUCCUAAGAAUGUCCUCAAAGCUCUCCAGACAACAAACAUCAGGUGUGCCAACGACGGAAACAAUCAGCCAGACUACUUCCUGUUUAACAACUGCCAAGAUGAAGAACGGCUAGAGGACACAGAAGCCCUGGAGCGUGCAGAUAAAACCACUUCAGGAGCGCUGAGUAAGUUCUGGGACUUUCUGCAGGAAAAGGAACCACAAAGGCUGGAGCUGACUGUGGAAGUUCUGCAGGAGAGAACGGCACUGAAAGACUGCAUCCAAAACCUGAAAGAGCGAGCUGAGGCGACUGAACAACAGCAGAAAGAAAUCCAGCAGACUGAGGAAGACCUGAAGAGACAUGAAAAAGAGAUGAAGAUCAACAAGGACUUCACUGAAGAAGAAGAGGAGGUCUACAAAGAGAAGGAAAGCCUCAGUGGUUGGAUUCUGUGGUUGUUGUGGUUUAAAUGGCCGGUGUCCUGUCCAGCCUGUGAGGAGACCUGCAACAUGUCCUGGAUCUUCUACCUCUGGGCUCUCCUCACCAGAGGCCACUGCUCAGCAUGUCCUGGAAAGUGUCCUGUUUCACAUCACGUGAAGAAAUGUUGGAGGUACGUGAGCAAGACCAGAACCGUUCAGAAGACCCUACAUGAGGUAAAAGAAAAACAUGACAAGGCAAAAGCAGAUGCUGAGAAGACAAAAAACUGUUUAGAGUCACUUCAGGAGAAAAAGGAGGAACUUCAGAGAGACAGAGACCAGCUGUUGGAGGAGUCCUACCAGCAUGUUCUCACACUGGAGCGGAUCGCUCUGAACGUUGAUUCUCUGUCCACCCACGUCCACCUGGACUUCCUGACUGAGAAGAUGAAGGAGAGAGGAGACGCAGAGAAGGUCCAGAAACUGGAGGAGCUGAAGGCUCGAGAGGAUGAAGGAAUAAGAGCUGGAUUACACUACAAACUGACAUCUGGAUCAGUGAAGCUGAGGAGCUAAGAGAUGGAGAAGAACCUACUGUAGGAUAACACAUCUACUCUGGCAAACACAUGCAGGAUUAUCAUUAUAACCAGUGAGGACUGAUGAACGUUCAUUUAUUUCCUCUGUUUCACAAUCAUAUAAAAACCCAGUACCUCCCUGUGACCGUCCAUGCUAAAGCAGACUAGGACUGAAGGGAAGACCAGGUCCCACUGGAUAUCAUAAACCUGACUGCAGAGAUGUGUAGAGUCUGACAUAUGGGUACAAUGUGGCAAACAUGGGUUAUAGUGACAGGGGGGUUAGGAAAGGUGGAAGGUCAACAGUAGAAAAAAGGAUUAAGAAUGGCCAAAAACGGUUAAAAUGGUCAGAAAAAUGAUGAACAGCAGUUAAAAAGUAACAAAGAUGAGUAAAAAGACCAACAAAAAGUGGGCAGAAACAUGGUAUUCAAGAAAAAGGCAAAAAUCAGCGGCUAAGUUAGCGAAAAGUUUAAAAAGAAGCAAAAAUAGUUUCAAAGAGGUUCAUUUUGUUCCAUUCAGUUUUUAUUUUUAACCUAUUUUGGUUGUGUUGAAUGAAUAAAGACCAGAUUUGCUGAGGAUAUUAGUUUAUAAAACUUUUAGAACUGUGGUUCCUUAAAUCAGACUAAAAUGGCUACAGUAGCUACAGUAGCUGCAGUAGCUACAGUAGUUACAGUAGC